CACAAAUCGCCGAGACUUCACUGCAGCAACAACCAUCUCUGUCCAUACUGGUUUACCUCAGCCGCUACUUGUGUUCACAAGCAAUCACAAGCCCAUCACCUCACUGACUCACCGAAGAGUUCAGCAUUAGAUUUGUCUCCUAUUGAAUUUUGGAAGGAGGAAUUAGUUACGCUUGCAACAUUCGCUGUCAGUACAGUGAGUUUGGCAGCUUGAUAGCUCGCUCCUCCCUCCUCUCUUCUCUCUACACCAUUUUUAUUCCGCUCGCGGAAGAAGGAAUCUUUGUCAAGUUCAGUGUUGAGGGGUCACAGGGUCAGCUGGCACUUGAGAAGAGAAUCAGGAUUGUGUUGAGAGCGCUAUUGAGGUUUGUAGUGUGAUCUUGAUUGCUUGGGAUCACCUUUAGAAGCAUCAGAGAGGCCAUUUUCGCUCACUACGACCCUGGAAUCCAAUCUGGCGCUCCUUCUCACCUCUCCAGCCUGGGUAAACACGCCAGAAAGUUUGCUAAGCUGGAAUUGAAACUCCACGCGUUGAAAACACAGUCGAUCCAGACCUUUUACAGGUGCUUUUAGAAGAACGCGAGUCUCUUACGAAUCUGAGUGAAAAUCAGUCCAAGACUCUUGAAUAUAAGCUCGGACAAGAGAUUUGUGCAUCCCUAAACGUGCAAGAGUUGAGAGCGAACAAGAUGAGUACCCUGGUAGAAUCUGCAACAUGCGAGGGCUCCAACCCUCCUAGAGUAGUAGCAGAGGAGAACGAGGUGGUGCAUGAGGUGGAGGUGUUGCCUCCGUCCUUCCGUCAUCUGGCUCAAGACUGGAACAAGUACUUCGUCAAUGUGGGUGACUGGCUUGUCAGUGCCACGGAGGGUGCCGACAGCAACCCACCCAGUGAAGGAGAGGAGGAGCCGGAAGCUAAGGCUGGCUUCGCCUCGGGGCUGAGCUUCAACCUGUCAGCGGUACAGGGUAAGGCGUCGGCGGGAGCCAAGACUGUUGGUUCGUUCUUCUCAACAGCGUUCAGCAAGGCAGGCGCCAGCGUGAAGGAGGCCGGAUCCAAGAUCAAGGAGAGCGUCGAGAAAAAUACACUGCUGAGUGAGUUCAACAAGGAACAAGAAGCGUUCAUCAAGGCUAAAGGUGGCAAAGGUGGUGAGGCUCUGCCACCCUGGGUCGGCUACCCUGAUGAAGACAGUCUGAAGGAGGAGAUUUUGGCUCUCUCUACCGAUCGACGGAAUUUUGUACGUAGCCCUCCUACAGGCGUGAGCUUUGAAUUCGAGUUAGAGGCCUUCCUGCCUGUUGCCCAGGCCACCCUUGCAGCUGAUCCCAACCUGGAGAAGAUGCGUUUCGAACUGGUGCCUAAGACAAUUAAUGAAGAAACCUUCUGGAGGAACUAUUUCUACCGUGUUGGGCUCAUCAGGCAGAGUACAGAGCUGUCAUCACUGGAGAGGGAGGGUGUGGAUGCUGCUAACAAGACAACUUCUAGUGGAGACAAGGGAACAAAGGGUAAGGAUGAUGAUGUGGACCACCCAGACAGCCCUAGUCAUGGAGGAGAGAGCGAGUUUGUCUCAGACUCUUUUCAACCAUCAUCAAAAGACCUGGAGGAGGUGAAGCGAGGGAUCUCCAACCUGACCAAACCCUCAGAUCUACAAGUCUACAGAUCUACAUGUUUUAAUUUUUAUGAUGAUGAGGAAGAGGAGGACUGGGAGAAGGAGCUCCGUGAAGAACUUGGAGAGGAGCUGGGCGAAUACGAGGUGGUGGGUGGAGCUGGAAAGGACAACGAAAAAUGGGAAGAAGAAAUUCAAAAUAUGAUCGACGAUGAAGAUUCUGGAGACCUCCGAUAAUUAUCAACCUAAAUUCCAGAUAUCCAUUGUUUAUAUAUUCAUAGACUCUAGGAAUAAGGUCAUACUGUACAGUAUUUGAAUCAUAACUGAAUCUACAAAAUAUGUGACUAGCCAUUAAAUAUCAGAGGCUGUCAGUGUUGUAUAACAUUAAUUGAAAAACUUCCCAAGUUCUUGUAUACAAUAUGUGACUUUAUAAAGAAGGGUAUAAAUUGAUAAUUGUAGUGCUAAUUAAAAAAUAAAAGUUUAAUCAGGUUAUUAGUUAUGAAGAUGGUUCUUAAUACUUGAGUUUAUUAUAACUGUUAUUGAAACAAUUAUCUUUUACACUAAAUAAUAUGAAUAGUUUCCUUGUAAGUUUAUAACAUCUUUUUAAUGCAAUCAAUUCCAAAUUUUCUCAGAUUAAUACAAUAUUUGAAAAUUAAAAAAAUUAUUUAUGUCCCUCUUCAUACUCCACUUAAUAUUUGAUAAUGCCCAGCCAUAUGCAGAUCAAAUGAGAAAUGAGUGUACAACUAGAUAUGGUAUUUUUACUUCCAGAUGGUUGUUCUCUAAAGGCAAUUUUCUUUGGUUAAGAUAAAGAAAAUAGUCCUUAAAGAAAUAAGUCAUAUAUGAUGAUGAGCAGUUUACUUUUCUGGCAUCUCCCUCCUCUUAUUGGUUUAAUACAAAGCUACACUACCAACACUCCAUGAAUAAGAAAUCAAGAGUCCAAGUAUUGUUGCCUUGUGAAAACUGGACCUUACAACCAAUGAGAUUGAUGGAGUUCUGGGAAAGAUAAACAAAGUUUGUCAAUUACUAGAAUAAAAAAAAAAAGAGGAAAAAUACUAAUAUGGUUGUGUAGAGAAGUCAAAUCUUGAGGGGAACUUUUUGUAAAAGAUGGGUCAGGUAUACAAUAAAAAGGUUAUGAUAGUCUCCAUUCAGAAAAAUGUCAGUUUAGCAACUGAGAACUUGAAAACUAAGACAUUGUGCUUAGGCGAUGGUGAAAAUCUUUUGAAACUAUCAAGUAAUAAAGUUGCCAAGACCAAAAUGGGUAAGGUGUUUCAUGAAGCGUGUACAGUACACCUUUACAUUCACACUUCAGGAAUAUUACGUCCACUCUGUUCUAACUUGAGGUGUACUAAAACCAGAAUAAUUUGUAGAUGGAAAUCAGUAGUGAUGUUCAUUUUCUGCUUAGUAAAUUAAUUGUCUUUCAUUGCAAUAAUAAAAAACAAGUCUCUGCUUCCAUCAUCCAUAACCAAAAAUUCUUCAUAUGUAAUAAUUUUAUCAAGAUUUGUGAUUAUGUGCCUUAUGCAUUGACGUAGGAGUUCCAGUUUCCAAUUUUUAAGAGGAUAACUGAACUUUAUUCCACCUCUACAUAGGGCCCGUAAUGGCUGAUCUAGUCACAACAUGAUGUGCACAUUAAAUGAUAAGUGAACAGUCAUGGGGUACCUUCAUAGUAUCUCUUUCAACAGUGUGAAUAUGUGAUGUGACCUGGUGAUUUGAUGCAGCCUUUUGGAUCACAUUAUUAUUAAUAGACAUUUAAGAAACUUUCAUCCACUAGCUUUUCUUGAAAGCAUACUGGACUCCACAGUUUAAUAGCAUUCCAUAAAGCUGUCAAAUAAAUAAAAUGGCCCAAAAUCACAGGUGCUCGUCACAUUUUACUGUGCUUGAUUAUGCAAGAAAGUAGUCCUCUCUUAUUUUUUAUUGUUUAUUUCAGUAUAGGAGAUUCAUAUACUGGAUGACUUUUUUUAUAAGAAUUGUUAUAAAACAGUAUGUUUUCAGAAGUUUGGAGAACUAAAGCAGCUGGAGUAUUCUUUCAUAAAUUUGCAUAGUGGGAGCACAUUAGACCCUCGGAUUUAAUUGAAAGUUAUUGUACAAGCAGCAUCGCCAUGCAUUAUCAGGGACAGCACUUUGAUCAGGAUAUCAAUUAACAAAAGCCAGAGAAACUUUUAACAACAAUAAUUAAUAUCAGCCUAAUGCUGGUGAAAUUUUUUAGGUAACACUUUGCAUUGCUUUGCACAGCUUUUUUGUGGAGAAAUUACAAUACAGCGAUAAGAAAUACCAUAUAAAUUUUGAUUUUUGCAGAGAUAAUAUUUAUUACUUCAGUAUACAGUAUAUAUAUAAAUAUUGAGAGAAUAUAUUCAUUUUAUGGUUUGUAAUAUAUAAAUAUAUAUAUAUAGUUUGAAUGAGUGUUUACAUAAUUAAUGAAGUUGGAAUUUUAAAUAAGAUGAUAUACAAGGUUAAUGGUUUUCUUUACUAGUUCUUUUGUGUUUUUAUGAAAAAUCCCUUAGUAUAUUUGUGGAAUAAUCUUACAAUAUUUUAAUAAGGUUUAUUUACUUUUAAAUUUUUCUGAGUUGAGUUGGGGCAGUAACAUAGUGUGUAAGUACAUAUUACUGGGUUUGAGUUCUAUUACUUUAUUCACAAUCUUCAUGUCUUCAUAAUGAACUAUUUAAAUCUUUGCAAUUUUCCUUCAGGAUGUAUGACAUACAAUUUGUAUGAAAGAGUAUGCCAUUAGUUCCAUUUUAUGAGUGGUGGAACCAACUACAGGAGCAGCAUAUGGUGGACUUGAAUGUCCUUUAUAUUAACACUGGACCAAUGGUCAUUUUUUAAGGGUCUCAGGCCAGUAGGCAGCAAACAAUCAUUAAAGUACCUCUUAUGUUGUCUGUAGGCUUAUGCUUGUAAAUGAAACGAGACAUGCUUCCUUGGGAUAACUUGGGCACAGACGACUUUGAAUUAUGUAUGAUUGUAAACAAACCACCUGGACACUGGGCCCUUCUUCAGCUUCUUCAUAAAUUGUUGUUGGAUAAAAUGGUACAUUCUGUAUGAUGCAUUUUAUAGAAGGCUUUGCUGGCAUCUCUGAUUUUAAUUCUGCAGUAUUUUCUGAAAUGUUUAAGCAGUUAUUUGAUGAAUCAUUUAUAGUCAGAUAUUACUUUUAAAAUAAGGUGACAUGGUUUUACUACAACUGCUAGUAUUUGAAGUUAUUUAUAUUAGUAUUUCACUGUGAAAAUUGCAUAAAAAUUACAUAAAAAGAUAAUUCUUUGAUUAUCGUGUAAUAAAAUUAGCGCAUAUUCUUAUAAGCUUAGUCAGUUGUACACUAUAUAAGUAUUAAUGUCAUAUGUACUUAUUAAAAACAUAUAAGAUGGCAUCUUUAGAGUAUUAUUAUUGUAAUCAAAAAGAAGCACUAAACCUACUAGGGUCAUACAGCGCUUGGCAUCUUUAGAAAACUGAGAAAUAAACAUUAAAUUGUGAAGAAGCUGAGAGUGACCACACCUCCACUGGCACAUUGCACCAUCUUGCUGCACUGUGCAAGUAUGGGAGGUGCCUCAACAAUGUAGCUAGACGGAUGUUGUGUGAUGGUUUGUUUGUAUGUAUGUAUGUUUGUUCAUUGUUUGGCAGCUGUCUUCUGCCAUGUGAUGUAGAAAUGUUGUCCCUUACUAUGUUAUACUAUGGUACCUGUGCCCAGUAAAAUGGAUUAACUAGAAA